UUUAAAUCAUUCUUUUUAUGCAAAAAUACAUCGAAUGAGUGUAUUUUUAUCAAGGUUUAAGAUUUUGUAUAUGGUAGAGCCAUUUUUGCAACGAUUAUCCCUAGAAAAUUUAUAUCUGAAUCCAUUUCCGGAAGCUUUAGUUUCCGGUUAUCUCGACCUCGCUAUCUCUAUGGAUAAUCCUGCAUUUCAUCAAAAAUGUACAAAAGCCAAGAUGGAAUCUUAUCUUGGCACAUGUUAUGGCCAAAAUAAUACUACCACGAUGUGCGAUGUACCGUUUCACACAACUUCAAGUAAUUUGGUUUAUUGUCAACCUGGAGCAUUCACAGAUGUAACACACAGUGUUAAAACUAAUGUACAUGCAGCAGAGACAAAGCAUGGAAAUUAUAUUGAUAAAGAAAGAUAUAAGAUUAUUAGGAAGUGGAAACGAUUCGGAAAAAGUAAAGAUCGUUACUUUUUUUUUCAAAUAUUAAUUAGCAAUACAGAAGAUUCUUUCAUCCUGAGACUUUUAUCCUUUAAUAUCCUCGCACAAAACUUGUUAGAAGAUCACUCGUAUUUGUAUCAAGGCCAUAAUAAGAAAGCUUUGAAUUGGAAAAUUCGAAAAACUUUGGUGAUACAGGAGAUACGUGAAGCGGAUGCAAAUGUAAUAUGCCUUCAGGAAAUGCAGGAGGAUCAUCUAUUAGAUUUUGUAACUCCAUUCAAACAGCUUGGAUAUGAGUAUCUAUAUAAAAAAAGAACUAAUGAUAAGAAGGAUGGUUUGCUCUUGCUAUAUCGCUCCAAUCAGUUUGUUUUACUAGAUUACGCAAAGGUGGAGUUAUAUCAAGCUGAUAUCGAGCUUUUAAAUAGAGACAAUGUUGGAAUAAUUGCUAAAUUGUCCCUCAGAGAUAGCCCAGAAACCCAAGUCAUAGUUGCAACCACUCAUUUGUUAUAUAAUCCAAGACGUAAUGACGUACGAUUAGCGCAAACACAACUUUUGUUAGCGGAAAUAGAACGAAUUGCAUUUGUUGAAAACACGAUGACGGGCCCAAAAUACUUACCAAUUAUAUUAACGGGUGACUUCAACUUGGAGCCAUUUACAGGCGUUUACAAGUUUUUGACAGAAGGUUCAUUUGAGUAUUAUGGCAAAGGACGAAACUUAGAGCCUUCUCAAUAUAAUUUUUUGUCCAACUCUCUGAUACCAUCACGAUUAUGCAUUACUGAUAAUUGUCAGCAUUUUAACAUCUUGACUCAAAGAUUGCAAAGGGAAGGUACUGGUAAAGUCAUGCUGGAAAACAGUGAAUUGCCUCUUCAGAAACGAGAUGGGAAUAUGACCAUAUCUUGUAACAUAAAUACGCUACAACAAAACAGUGUCAACAUUAAUACUGGUUGUACACAGAUCGAGAUCAUAAAGGGUUAUUCCGUGAGAUUUUCAUCCGGCACUCUAACACAUCCCUUUAACAUGCGCAGCGUUUAUAGGCAUAUAAGCGCACAUGGUGAAAAGGAAGCGACAACGCAUCAGGAUAAAUGGAUUACGGUCGACUAUAUAUUUUACAGCAACAUCCAACCCAUAGAGAAAUAUGCCCUACCUACAGUAAGCCAAUGCACUGCAUUACCAAAAAUACCAAAUUUUGUAGUAGGUAGUGAUCAUUUAUGUAUAGGCGCAACUUUUCAGUUACCAAGAAAGAAAUCUGUGCUUUAAAAUAUAACUUUAUAUCAUCUUUUUAAUUCUAUUAUAUAAAAUUAAAUCUUUAAAAUAUUAUUUAUGAAUAUUAAUAAUUUAUAAGAGUUAUGUUGAGUUAUAUAUAUCGUACUUGAAAGAUGAGAAAUGCCAGGUGCAUUGUUAGUUUUUCAAAGCAAAAGUGCAAGAUAUAUACUUUGAUUUACAAAAACUACAAAUUUGCAAUAUUUAUCUCUAAUAUAACCAGGGUAUGCUAACUCCAUAUUUUAGUGAAGAUGAAAGUUAGAUGCUUAGAAACAAACAGCAUUAUCGACUCCAUAGAUUACUAGCAUUUUUCCUUAUUACUAAUGGUAGCUGAGUGUCUUAUAGUUAGCUUACUGUCACUUACGACUUGUUUGGAAUGUAUUUGCAAGUCUGAAAAGUGAUUUAGGUAUUGCAGAUUAUUAGAUAGAUAAAGAUUUUCCUACUCUGAAUCUGUCUGUAUGUCUAUUCUUAACUUUCUAAUGAUAAUAUCACGAUUGUUGCGAUGUAAUGAUAUUGUCAUUAAAGAAAGUUAGUCAUAUAAAUAGACUCAAAAUAAACAAAUCUCUUGUCUAUUUAAUUUACUCAUGAUAAGAGAUAAUCAUGCUUCAGACUCGUAAGUAAUACAUUUCAAAUAAAUUGUGUCGUAGUAUGCUACAGCUGUAUUAUUAUAACAGAAAUAAAUAAAUAUACAUAUAUAGUAUAUCAUCCUAUAAUGUAUAUAUAUAUAUGCAUACACACGCGAUUUUGUCACAUGAUUCAUUUCAGUCAAGUUAAAAUAUUUCAACUUUACUAGCUGCUAGCGCAUUAACAUAAUAGUAGCUAGUAAAAAAGCAUUGUGUAAACCACGCUUUAGCAUUUUUCCAGCAACAGCCAAGUGGUGCUGAAAAUUGUUCUCAUCUUUUUAAGAGGAGUUAACACACCCUGGAUAUAGUAUUCACAAAAGCUGUAGAAGAGUGUAACUUUUUACUUUAAUUUUUAUUUUCUUCUGUCUAUUUAGUAAUCAUAAGCAAAGUUUAUUAAAAAAUAAUUAUAAUUAAAAAAUUUUGAUAAUUAAAGGAUAAGAAUUUGACGUCUUAACUGCCCAAUUUUGUUUAAAAAAUUUAUGAAUAUUUUCAAAGGCUUGUUUAUAUCUGCGCUAAAAAUAUUGACAUGAUUUGUGCCAGCUGUAUGUCUAAUAUAUUGCAAAUUAGAGAAACUAUUAUCACAUAUAUAGGACUGUGAUAACAACUAUUAUACAAGAACUAUUAAUACAUAAAAAAUAGGUAAAAUAAAAGACAACUACAA